CCCAGCGCGGAUGUCCUUCAGGGCCAGGCGCAGUGCAAGCGACCGUCGCCUCAGGUUCUUGAGAACAAAGCUCUUGCGCCAGUAGCCGCACGCGAUCCACGAGUCCCGUCAAGAACCUCGACGACCCGUCUCAUAGAUGACUCCAGACCCGCGCACUCUGCGGGACGCAGGCGACAGGGAGUGCGAAGGCGCUACGGCUCUUCGACGAUGUGUGGAGGUCAUACAAGGAGAGUGAUAUAUGCCACGGGAGCUGAAGCGGAAGAGCUAAUGGUUAAUAACCCUCGCUUUGCGGCAGGCGACAGGGUUGUAGGAGUAAACCAGAAAGAGAGGCAUGAUGCCCGCCAGCUCUUCCUGUUACUCGGCACCGACGAAGGCUAGAUGCUUAGCGCUCUCCAUCGUGAGCUCAACGCCGUCCGCAAUAUCGUCGCCACCACCAUAAGCUUUAGAAACACGUCUCGCUCGAAAGGGACGUGGAACGAUGACAUUCGCGGCCCGAUCCUGCGUCCCAAGCAGCAAAAUAAUUAACUACGCCCUACUCCAUCAGCCUGAAGGACCUCGCUAUCCGCAUCGUCAACUUCGUAUAUUCAACCAGUCAACACACAGGGCGUAGGCGUGGUCUCGACGACCAAGGUAACAUACGGCGGCAUGCCGAGGGCAAGGUUCAGCUAGGAAUACUGUACUUGGCGUUCGGUAAAGACGGCGAGAUCAAGGUGUACAGGCCGCCCAAGAU